GGGUUAUGUUUGGUUUAUAGGUAUAGGUCCACAUUAUUUCAGAUGGUCGUCAAUGGCGGACACUCAAAGCGAAGAGAGCAGUAAUGGCAGCUCAGCAUACCAAGCCUAACUUAAGCCAGCCUCAGGGCGCUGAGUUGGUGAAGAGGCUCUACAGGCUGACACCAUCAGAAAUCCGCUCUCUGCCCAGCUACGAUGACCAGAACUUUUAUGUGGCGGCUGUGGAGGGUGGCGAGUACGUCCUGAAGAUCACAAACUCAGACGACAGUAAAAACUGCAACAUGAUCGAGGUGCAGACAUACGCCAUGUCCUUCCUGAAGGAGAAUGGAUUUCCUGCCCAAACAGCGCUGCCCACCGUCUCGGGACAGCUCAUGAGCCUGGAAGAAAUGGGUAUGACAUCCUAACACAGUUAUGACCUG